AUGAAUACAGAUGAAAUAAAUUCGGCUAGAAGUGCUCUUUUACAGGUCGCGGAACGGCUGAGGCAACAAGCAACAGGUGAGGUUAUAUUUCUAUAGUAUUAAAAUGAGAAUAUUUCGAAAUUAAAUAUGCAAAUAUUCAUGACAUGCCGUAUAUGUUUACUGAUAUCGAUUAAUAUUAAUAAGUGUAUAAACAACUACCUUAGAUUUACAUAAUAUAGCGAUAUGGGGUUUCAUUUCACAGUUUUCUUGCCAUAAAAUAGCAAAUUCAGAGCACAUAGGGUUGACAAUUAUUGGGGUUUUAGUUCUUGGCUUCAUGCCAUGUCUGAGGGGUGUAUUAAGGAAAUCUGUGCACUAUGUCAUUGUCAUUCAUGCAUAUGUUUAUACCAAAAUCAGGCAAAUUGAAGUUGUCCCCCGAUACAAUGGUUUUGUCAGCAAGGCGAGGGUUUGCAUGUAUUUUAUACUUACUAUUUUUAUUUCAAAAUUUGUUUAGCAAAUCAAGUAGAGAAUGCAAGCAGACAUAACCAAAGUCACCAAACACAGCCUGGAGUAUCACAGUUGACUACUGUCCAACCAGAUGCAAACAAUCCGCCAAGAAUUUCUUCAUCAACUGCUGUGGGAAACGCACAGGUGAAUGAGCACAGGAAGCUUUUUGGCUAUGCUGCGAGAGGGAAGCAACCAAAAAAGGGCAAAUCAUUUGCAAAACAAAAAGUUCAGACUUGUUCGCUCAAGUUUGUUUGCUUAGCAAGUCGUAGUGCGGUCAAGCCUCCAACAACAAUUAAAGAAAGAACCAUGUUGGCAAAUGCGGGUCUUGGGGAUGGAACUGUGACAUUUCAUGUUGAUGGAAACAGUUCACAUUUACAUGAAAAGUUACUGGAAGCAUUUCCAAAGCUAUUUUCUGCAGGCUACGAGUUGUUCUUGUUCGACCGUUCUGGUGAAAACUCAUCGUUUUGCCAUUUAAAACCCCCAUAUCUGCCAAAAAAAUUAAAAGAAGUUGCAGGACAAUGCAAAAUAUACAUCAAGCCAUUGCAGAAAGACCUGUUAGACAGCAAUGACAAUGAAGAUAUAGAGGUACAGUGUGGAAUUUUGUGGUUAAUUAAUAAUAGCAUUAAUUUAUGCAUUUUUAUUAACCUUUUCAGGUUUACCAACUAAGAUGUGUCAGUUAUGCUUUGGCUUGCAAAGCCCAGUCGAAAUACAUCUACGACCCAAUGUUUCGGCACUACAGUCUAGUGUCUUCAUCUAGGCAAUCUAGUAUUUUGUGCAUUUUAGGAUGAUGUUGGACCACUGAUUUCCUGCGUUGUAUGCGAGACUAUGGUUCCUAUGAAUCUAAUAGAUGAUCAUCACCAAUCAAUUCAUGAUGGUCAACCCAAGGUAUAUACCGUACUUCAUUUUCUUUUGGAUUUUGAUCUUUGCGCAUAAGAAGCAGGGCUGCCCAGAGGGAGGGGGCAAAUAAAAUAUUACAAAUUAAUAUUCCUAUGUAUUAUGUAUUUUAACAGCACAAGAAGAAAAGGGCAGAACCUUGUAUUUAUAAUAUGCUACAAAAGGGUGAUGGUGGAGAAUGUUCUAGGUAUGACAUAGUUCUUUUAACACUUCCUAAUCAAGGUGUUUCCAUUCACAAAGUGCUAAAAAACAAGACUGGAUUUUGGUGGAAACUGUGGUGGUGAUGGGUUGGGAACAAAUUAGUGGAGGUGCAGUGGUAGGCACUGGUAGCCCAUGAGUCCAUGACUACCGUGGAAGGGUUUGGCAUGUACACUCCAACCCCAUAUGUAUCAGUAUAUUCAUUAAGUAUAACUGUUGACUAAUCCAUUACAUUAAAAGAGAUUAUUAAUAGACCAAUUGCGAAACUUAGUGGCCGCGCCUUCAUACUGCACGAGAACGAGGCUUAUUAUGCAAAAACAAAACAAUUUCUAUAUUUUUAUAUAGCGAAAAGUGAAUUUUAGGGUUUUUAAAGUGUUUUUUCUUUAAUCUCUUUGAUCUUUUCUUAAUAUUUCGUGCUAGGUUAUAUAAAUAUUUGUUAAAUUUAUCUGAACAUCGAUUUCCCACUAUAUUUUUACCCGCUUUGGAGAGAUAUUUCGUUGUUGUUUUAGCAUGCGAUGGAACAAACAUAUGGAAAAGAUCAAUCUAGACUUUAAAAUCUGAUCAAGAUGCAAAUAAAAUAGCCAGUAUAACUUUACCCCUAAAAUGGUACACUGACCGAAAAUUUUUUCGAGACGUGGGGGGGGGGAGGAAAAAAAUUUUUUCGGGAAAAAUUUUUUGGAUAGGGGCCCCUAAAAAAAACAUUUGCCCCGGGCCCCCGCCAACCUCUCGGCGGCCCUGGUUACAACUUAUUCUUUGAAAUGUAUUAAUAAAACAGACGGAAAAUACCUGAUUCUUUCUCUUUUCUCUUUUAUCGGAUGGCGAAAAACAGCAAAACAUUGCCUCGCACGCCGCGAAAAACAAUGAAAUUUGAAGUAAGACUAAAUCUAUGAACAAGUUUAAUAAAGAUUUACAUAGUCAAAACAGAAAUAUUGAGAAAAAAAACGAAGAGAUUACCAUAAAACCCCAUCUCAAACACUGAAAUUCAUUUUUCGCCAUAUAAAAAUAUAGCAGAAUGAUUUGUUUUUGCAUAAUAAACCUCGUUUUCGUGCAGUUUAAGGCGCGGUCACUAAGUUUCGCAAUUGGUCUAUGGCCAUUACUAUUUCAUUUUCACACAAAAACCCUUAAUAGUGUUGGCUCUAAGCAACACAUCAAAAAUUGUCAAAUUUUCACUUUUCCCAAAGUCAGUAAUUUAAUUUCCCCUGGGAAAAUUUUGAUAUCCCUGAAACACGAUUUCAAGCAUUUAAUUCUGGGGUGAUAUUUUGAAGAAUUUUGAAGAAUAUAAAGUAUAUCAGUUAGUAAAACUAUAGGAACUGUACCAUUAUUCCAUAAGUACAGUACGAUUUGUAUGCAUGUAUUGUUUCUUUAAUGUUUUAGAUCCUAUGAAAUUAAGGAUGCACUGCAUAAUUUAGUUCCCACUGCAAGUCAUGAUGAGAUUGACUCGGCAUUGUCAAAUGCUUGUGGAAAUGCUGAUGAGGCAGCAGAACAGUUAUUAGGUCAGUUGCAAUUAUAUAUAGAGAAUAAUACAUGGGUGCCGGAAAUACCAAAUUUAUUUCUCGUUUUGAACAUAUCUCAAGAGUGAGCGAAGCGAACAAGAGAGAUAUCAGAUAAAACACUCCUACUCCGCUACUCGUGUUUUAAAUAGUAGAUAAAGCUAUAAUAAUUCAUGAGUAAAUUAGUAGUUUGCAAGGUGUUAGCCAGAGAAAAAAUUUUUGUCCGUUAAACGUAAAUUGGGAAAGUUUUUUUGACCGAUCACAGUCCUUGUGUAGGAACGUGUUUCUCCUUAGAUGCAAACCAACGGUAGCUUGGUUUUGUACAUUUCAUUUCCGGUGAAUGAACACUGAAAAAUGCACCCGAUGGUACUUCGUUUUGUAUAUUUCAUUUCCAGUGAAUGAACACGGAUGCACACCGAUUACACUUUGUUUUGUACAUUUCAUUUCAGUGAAUACACACCCAAUAUGAGUGAAACGCGAUACAUUUUGAGAAAAUAGUUAAUGGGAAAAAGUAAACAAAACGUUCUUUCAUAUAAUAAUCUAAAAUCAAACGCAAUGCACUUUCUCAUCAGAAAAAAAUGAAAAUAGACCCAGUUGGGAAAGCUCCUUACAGUAGCUACUUCAAUUGGGAAGAGUCUGUCAAACGGACAGUAUAUGGGCUAGCUAACACCCUGGUUUGCGCGGACUUAAAAUCCAGUCCAGCACUCAUAGUCCGAUUUUAAAAAGUUACAUUCGUCACUAUCUAUCAUAUUUUAUAGCUUUGCAAGAUGAUGAGAAUGCUGAUGAUCUGGAAAUAAGCACGUCUACCAGUUUAAUUAUGGAAAAGCUCAGCGGUAACGACCAGAUGGAUAACAGCGACGAAACGAACAGAACACUAACGUUGGAAGAUUUCAGACGAGACAACGUAGAUGAAUCCCUAUCUAGGCAAAGAUUCACAGUUUCUAGAGAAGACGGUUUAGACGAGCUUAAGAAAGAUAUCUUAGGCUGUUAUAAAAGCCCGCAGGUAAAGCUUAGAGCGAAACUUCGUGUGAAAUUUGAAGGCGAAGAAGGAGUAGGAAGUGGACCCGUACGAGAAUUUUUGCUUUGUGCAAUGAAAAUUGUGGAGGAUGGCGUUGAAAAAGGUGGGAAGCCGCUUCUAUUUUUUGAAGGAGAAGAGGAUCACAACGUACCAAUCCAUGACCAAGCAUUGAGAUGUACUGGUGCUUUUAGAGCUAUCGGCCGAAUCAUCGGACACUCUAUUUUACACGAAGGCCCAGUCAUAUAUGGCUUGUCUCCAGCAGUGGUACAGUAUUGGCGAGUAACCGCCAAUGGUAUUGACGAUGACAGUUCGCUCGAAAGUCUUCCAUUAAGUAUGCACGACAUUCCAGAUAUUGACUUAAGAGGCUAUAUAAAUGAGGUAAAUUUUAAAUUGUGUUAUAUUACAUAAUUGAAUUGAGUAUACAGUAAGCAUGUUUUUAUGUACCUGACAAAUCAGUGUCGUAUCUUUAUAUGUGAUAAAAAAUCAUGUUAAUUUACAUAAACUUUAGCUUUGAUUUUCUCGGUUUAGACAAAGUUUAUUUUAAAAAUUACUUCGCCAAUGAACUCAUAUAAGACGAGUCGUUUUUUAAGCCAUUUAAAGCACUUGUAGUCGUGUUUUAUCAGAUAUAAAACGCUCGGCAGCGCCUCGCGUUUUAUAUCUGAUAAAACACUCCUAUGCGUACUUUAAAUAGUAUUUAAAUUAUUGGAAGAAUUUGAGAAGGAAUUGAUAAAUCAAUUGUCUAUUGAGUAAAUGUAUUGACUAUUGGCAAGAACUUUUGGGAAGCAAUUGAUAAAUGUAUUGAGUAAUGGUAAUGCUACUGUAAUUGUUAAGACUUAAGUACUGUACUUUAUUUUUCUUUUAGCUAGAAAACCUUCCGUUGGACGAAGUCACUCCUGUCGAGCUUAAGGAUGCGUUAGCUCCGUAUAUUUUCGAGUCAGGGCUUGAUAUCGACAUGUUGUAUCGCAACAGGAAUUUAAUUAUCCAAGGGCUUGUUAUUUAUAACGUGAUCCAUAAAAGAAAAAGAGAACUAGACGACAUAGCGAGAGGUAAAGUAUUUUUGUAAACCCAAACACGUAGACGUCCUGUCUCGAGGUUUCUUCAAAUAGUUCUGCAGCUAAACCUGACUGCAUGCUGUGAAGCGUUGUGACUGCUGUUGAGCAUUCUCGCAGAUAACACAAACAUCUGUCUUAAUAAUUCCUCAUAUCCUAAUCGACCUCAUUCAAUAAUUGUUUAUUGUACUGUAUUAUGGAUUUAUGUACUUUUUAAUUUUAGGCAUGAAUGAAGUAAAGUUACACGCAUUCAUUGGCGAAUGUCUUCCCGAGACUCUAGAAGUAAUUUUUCCAAUCAGUGGAAAGAGACGCAUUGCAGCAGAACACGUUAAGGAUGCUGUAACUUUUGAAGAAAGUGUGGGACAUGAAGACACGAUAAUGCUGUUUUACCAGUAUCUUUGCGACUUGGAAAAAUAUGAAACAGGUAUGGUGAAAAACUGUUGAAGAUUGAUUUGUAAUAGCGAAAACAAAUAUACGCGUUUAGAAACCACUGGUAAGAUUAGGCUCAAUUGUUUUAUUGUCAGAUUUAACAAGAGUCCUGCGUAUGUUAAAUUUUGGAAGUUAGGAAUAGACAUUUCCUGCAUGAUCAGGAUGGAACGCCUCCCAACAAAUAGCAAAAAUGGGGUAGUUCCAGUGUUGGCAUCACUUUCAGGUUUUCCAUGAAUUUCUAUGAGAUAGCAUUACCAAUUUUUAAUUGCUAGGGAAACCUUCAAUCACAGACCUGUGCUGCUUCUGGACCGCAACGAAUAACUUGCCCCCGCGAAAGAGUGACUUGCUGGUGAAGUUUGACGACGGCCAGAACCUGUUUCCAUUUGCUGAGACAUGUUUCAUGUCUAUGGUACUGCCAACGGUACACAAGUCAUACGAAGAUUUUAAAAAAUAUAUGGAUAUAGCACUCAAUCAUGGAUCAAUGGGCCUACACCAUUCCUGAUUGCUUAAAAACAAUAGAUUUUGAAAACGUCAUGCAAAGAGGUCGUGUACUAAACGAAGUUGAAUGCCCUUCGUUCUCGCUCGAAACGUCGAAGUUCUUUUUCGGUGGUGUUGUUGUAUCACCUACAGAUACUGUUGCCUGUUAUUGUCGCUAAUUACACUUGCACCCACUGUUCGUAUGUACUAUGCGAUAGAGAGUUUAAGCUUUGCGUUAUACGGCAAGCGCCUGGCAUAGAAACAUUUUACGGUAUCAUGCAAAAAAGAGUAAAUGAACUUGCUGUUUUAAAAUUGCAAUGCAUGACUAUUCUUUCGACACAAAAAAAGGAAAUAUGAAACGAAAACGGUUACCGAAUAUCUGGCGAAGAAAUUUCGAACCUGCCGUUUAACGUUCCCGGAAACGUGAAGCUUAAACACCCUAUUUUCUACUUACGAUUUUGAAUGAAAAUCACUUGUAUUCAAAUGUCUUUAAUGCUUAGUUUCAUAAACGUCCUUGCUAUAGUAGGACCUUAUGCAAAGAUCGCAAAACGUUCUAAAGACUAAACCUUCAUAUUUUAGUUUUGUUUAUUCACAAUAUGACUGUACUUAAUAUAAUGAUAGUUUAAAUUAAAUUUAGUCAUAAUAAAUUCGGCAUGCAUAAAAUUAACUUCUAUUCUGUUUUACCCACCCGAGUGUUCAGCAUAGUGCUAAGGCAUUUAUUCCAACAAUGGCCAAUAUGUUAAUUUAUACACCCUGCAUGUACAUAUCAAUGUAAUAAAUUGAUCCCAGUGUACUCUUAGCAAACUUUUUUUUUUAAUAUCCAUGUCCUAAAUUACCAUUUUCGUAAAUACACUAUUGCAAAGAUCAUGAUUGCACAUUAACAGUCACAAGUUGACAUAUUCCAAUGUUCUAUUCAGAAUGUUAGUAAAAAUAUCAAUUGCAUUGUUAAUUGUGACAUUUUCUGGUAUUAAUCCUCUUAUUUCUUCAACUUGUGCUUCACUUAAUACAGUUGUGGUCUCUGGCACUUCAACAAGAUCUGGUUCUACUUCUCCAGCAGCCUGAUCCCAAUCAAUGCCAUAAUUAUCA